CGCGAGAAGGGAUUUGUGACGUGCCGGUAGCUGUCCGGCAGGAGCGCAGUAUCUGUCCGGCUGGAGUUGUGGGUCUGGAGCUAGAGGCGCUGAGGGGCGUUUAAACACGAUCCGGGAUUGCAAGCUGUGUUCAGAAAAGCGGGACUGCUGCUGGGCGAUAACUGUGGACAGAAGGAAAUGGCUGUCAAGCACUUCUCAAGUAAUGCGGAUGAUAGCUCAUUGCGAUAAUUAUGACCUCAAACCAGGGUUAAAAUAAAAGACAGUUGCCAAGGAUAUGUUCUGGUCUAUGGGCUGAACUGACAACACAAACCUAGGAUAGUUUGAUGGUGUACAACUAAAAUUAUUUCCUAAAGAAAGGAACAAUGGUGGAUGUUGGAAAAUGGCCAAUCUUUGCCCUUUGCCCGCAGGAGGACUUGAAGUUUAUUCAGCAAGCCUGUGUUUUUGGGGCUGGAAAUGAGGUUUUGUAUCUUACGAAAAAUGAUGAGGUAUUUGUGAUGGGUACUAACAGCAGUGGCUGUUUAGGGACCGGCGAUGCACAAAGUAUCCUUGAACCACGACGUAUAGAUAUGCUUUCAGGAAAAAGGAUAGUAAGCUUGAGUUAUGGAAGUGGACCUCAUGUUGUCAUUGUUACUUCUGAUGGAGAAGUGUAUAGCUGGGGCCACAAUGCCUAUAGCCAGCUGGGAAAUGGCUCAACCAACCAAGCCCUAAGUCCAUGUCAAGUUUCCACUAACUUAAUAAACAAGAAAGCAAUCAGUGUGGCCUGUGGAUCCCAUCAUUCAAUGGUAUUAACAUGCGAUGGUGAGGUCUAUGCAUGGGGGUACAACAACUCUGGACAAGUUGGUUCAGGUUCUACAGCCAAUCAACCUAUACCUAGGAAAGUUACCAGUUGUUUACAAAAUAAAACUGUGAUUGGUAUUGCAUGUGGUCAGAUGAGCUCAAUGGCUGUAGUAGAUAAUGGAGAGGUGUAUGCGUGGGGAUACAAUGGAAAUGGGCAGCUAGGUUUAGGCAGCAGUGGCAACCAGCCAACACCUUGUCGAAUUGCAGCACUACAGGGCAUUCGUGUGGAACAGGUUGUGUGUGGAUAUGCUCAUACGCUGGCAUUAACAGAUGAAGGGGUCAUGUAUGCUUGGGGAGCGAACUCCUAUGGCCAGCUAGGCACAGGGAAUAAAAGUAACCAGUCUUACCCUGUGCAAGUCAUUGUGGACAAGGAAAGAAUAGUAGAGAUUGCAGCCUGUCACUCUUCGCACACUUCUGCUGCUAAGUCCCAGAGCGGUCAAGUUUACAUGUGGGGCCAGUGCCGGGGCCAGUCUGUCAUUACUCCACAUCUCACUCACUUCUCCUGCACAGACGAUGUGUUUGCCUGCUUCUCAACUCCAGCUAUAAUGUGGCGCCUUCUGUCUGUAGAGCCAGAUGAUCACCUUACUGUUGCAGAAUCUCUAAAGAGAGAAUUUGACAACCCUAACACAGCAGACCUGAAGUUCUUAGUCGAUGAAAAGUACAUAUACGUGCAUAAAGUUCUUCUCCAGAUCAGGUGCGAGCAUUUCCGUUCCUUACUCCAUGAAAAUGAAGAAGAAAUCAUUGAGAUGAAUCAGUUUUCCUACCCAGUAUACCGUGCUUUCCUGGAAUACUUGUACACAGAUAAUAUCAGUAUCUCUCCUGAGGAUGCAAUUGGUCUGUUGGAGCUAGCAACGAUAUACAGAGAAAACAGACUGAAGCAACUGUGCCAGCAGACUAUCAAGCAAGGGAUCUGUGAGGAAAAUGCAGUUGUACUGCUCUCAGCUGCAGUUAAGUAUGACGCUCAGAACUUUGUUUCUAGGAUCUAGAAGAUUAUUGCUUCAGGUUUUGUAUAAACCAUAUGACGGUGGUGACCCAGACAGACGCCUUUGCUGACAUGGACAGUGACCUUCUGAAGAACUUUAUCAAUAAAGCAAGUAAAGCGGGAGCAUUUAAGAACUGACAGUGCUCUAAUGAACUGGUACCCCUUCCUUUUUAUGUUGCUGUGCUCCAUUUCUGUCUGCCCUUGCCUUUUUCUUUUAAAAUAAGCACAGUUAUUGUUUAAUUAUUGUUUAAUAUGUAUAAAAUUGUGUCAUAAAUGGAUAUUUAAAUUUAAAAAAAAAAAAAAGUUUUGUUUGUACUAGAGACGUAUAAACUGCAGCCCUCUGAGCCACAGUCUCCAAAUGCAUUUUGGACAACUGCAAUUUAAUACACUUUGGAGGAAUGUACUAAAAGCUGAACAAAAUUCCAAUGAAGAAGAAAAAGAUCUUGACAAUUACUCAGUAUUACAUAGUGCAUGACAUUACUGACAUCAUACAUAUUGACAUCAUUAUGACAUCAUGAUGACAUCACACAUUUACUUUGAAUAGCACAUUAUUUACACAAGCAUCCAACAAAAAUAACUGUGAUACCCAGGCAUGGAAAGCCUCGCUUGUCAUUCUGUGAGCCUGCAGGGCUGACAGACAUUGUGUGAUGAAUGAGCCCCACUGAGUUGUGCAAUCAGAUACUCUGUUGCCUCGGGUUUCUAAGGUGUGUUUCACGACUCAAUGGUUCUUUAGUAAAUACAGAAAAAAGCCUCUGCAUUUAUUUGUGGUCAUGUAAACUGAGUUAUGUCUAUCAGAUGCAGGGGACUUUUUGGCCUUUGUGGACCAGUACAAGCAAAAAAAAUGAAUAUAAUAAGUGCUCUUUUAAGCAUGUUUGCAGUUUUGCUGUUGUAUUCCAAGAUACUGGCAAAAUGAAAACUGCUAUUAUAAUGAAACGGAAGCAACUGCGCCACCUGCUGAAAUACUUCAACGGUAACAUUCAGGGGAACAUCACAAGGAAGGCAGGGAAGCCAUGAGAAAGGGUGGCUGAGGUUUCCUAGUUCUUUCCUAAGCAGAGUACCUUUACAAGAGUUGGCACUAUUGUCAGUAGGUGGCGCUGUUUGAAUUUCAUCUUAUUAGUAUAAUGUUUGCUAAUAUCCUGAAAUUCAAAGAAAAAAGCCGUGUUCUGAGCAGUUUUGCAGGUGUUUAUCCUGUAUACGUACAGACAUUUGCCAUGACGAUGUAGUUUCAUUGCAACAUAUUUGUUACUUGCACUGCUGUGUUCCGCCAUCUGCUGUCUCAACAAAUAUGCACCCAGUCUGUUGUGUUCAAUGGAGCUUGUGAUGCUAAUAAUGAACUAGCCCAAAAGCCGCCUAGUAAAACCAAAGUAAAAAUAUCACACUUUCAACAAUUAGUCUGUACUGGUGGAAAUUUAGUAGUAAGGCUGGGGCCGCACAAAGGGCUUAUUUGAGCCAGCAGUAAAGCCCCCAACUUCCUGCCACUGACGGCUUAUAGGGAGCAUUUGGCCUGCCUGUAGUGUCAGCUGUUUCCAUUCAGGUCAGUAGGAGAAACGGGAAAUUACUGGUGCUUUUCAACUGGCAGAGAAGUGAUCUCUGCGCCAAGUGAAUAUUCUAUGCAAAUGCUUUUAGGUCUAAUCACUUUCCUGGUGUUACUGGUAUAGGAAAUGACUGUAGAGAGUAGGUUAUAUAGUUGCAUAAAGCAACAACCACCAUGGGCAUAUAGGCAGCCAGGAAACUCCAUAGGGAUCACCAAAAAAAGACUUUAUUCAACGUUACAUUAAAACAUCUCCAAAGGCCCUACCGUUUCAUGCACUAGGGGUACUUAGUCAUGGGCCGUGACUAGUCUGUGUUAUGAAUGUGAUGCUGAGGGUAAAUCAUUAUCUCUAGCUGAAUAAUGACUAAUCAUAAUCAAAUGAUGGUGUAAUUUUCCCAUAUAAAUCAAUAUACAGCAUGCAUAUCAACACACACCUUGAUAAAUUACCCUGUUUUCACUUUAGAAUUAGGGAUGGAUGAUGCAGGAGAAUAGCACAGUUUGAUAAAUUGCGUUCUUGUUUUAAACCUUGUGUUUUUGGUGUACAGCACAUGUUCUUAAAUAA